AUGGAGUGGGUUGCAGUAAAUGAUAUGUUAUCUGAAAAUAUUACGAAGCUUAACUACACUCUUAUUCCACCCGGUUUUCGCGGAGACGUACGAAGUGUGAGGUUAAUGCAGGAUAGCCUCUCAAAGCUCAUUGAUGCACUUGGAGAACAAUCUGCAACUGCACAAGGCCUAAAUAAAGUUAUCACAACAGCGGAAAAGCUUCGUAACGCACCCACCCACAUUCUGUACCUCUUGAAAGAUUCCAAGGCUAAAGGUGGUAAGGGCGACGUUAUUGGCAUGCUGAAGAUUGGCCGGAAGCACUUGUUCUUGUUCGAUGAACGUGACAAAGUGUGCGAAGUUGAACCGCUGUGCGUGCUCGAUUUCUUCGUGCUGCGCGAUCGACAACGUCACGGGUACGGCAAGGUGCUCUUCGAUCAUAUGCUGCAGGACAUGGAAACGUCAGCACACGAGCUGGCAAUCGAUGGACCGUCGCCGAAAAUGGAACAGUUUUUGCUCAAGAACUACGGCAUUGAGCGGCUCUUGAAGCAGAACAACAACUUUGCUGUGGCGCCUCAGUUCUUCGCCGGAGCUCCUGAGAUUAACAGUAAAUCCGGGCGAAGCACUCCAGCGGUGACGCCUGCACUGGGACGUUUCGCCGCGCCUAAACCGCCUUCCGCUAUUGCAACGGUAAUUCACGGCGGUGGCUCGUACUACGAGCACGAAACACGCAAUGGUGAGUCGAGACCGACCACCCCCGAGCCUGAUAGUGCUCAGACCCAAGACGCACCAGCACCGGAGUCAACGCCUCAAGCCGAAACGACUGAGCCGCCGAUUCAGUCAGAACAUAAGCAAGAAAUGGAGCCUCAACUAGAGUCCAACAAGAGCCCUGAGCGUCCUUCUACGUUAAGCGUGGAACCAAUUACGGAAACUCCGGCCACUGUAAUAUCUCCGGCUGGCUCAACUAUCUCUCGCCGCGACUCCCAGUUAACCGACCGCGGCUUUUUCGAUGUAAAAUUCUAUCACAAUAAACUUUGGUAA